UUAAUUAAAACGUGAAAAAACGACCCUUCAAACAUCGUUUCUAUGACCUACGCCAAUGUAUACAUACACUAACUCUUGCACGAAGAACACCAACUUGGAACUGAGAUGGCUAAUAAACUCAACUCACAGCUAUUCGUUAGCAGAUUAUCAUCGUACACCACAAAUGAACAUCUGAAGAGGUUGUUUUCGCGAUUUGGGGUAGUUACAGAAGCUAGGUUAGUUAAAGACCCAAGAACCCAAAGGCCCAAAGGUUUUGGCUUUGUCACAUACGAAUCAGAGGUAGAGGCUCAGAAGGCUUUGAAGGCCAUGAAUGGCAGGAUAGUUGAUGGAAGACUGAUAUUUGUGGAAGUUGCAGAGACUGAAAAACCUGGAGAGGAUGCUACCUCAAAAUAAUAAGGCUCUUUUUUUUUUCUCCAUGCAGAGAUCUGUGUGACAAAUGCUGUUGAGAUUUAUUAGUGUCAAAUGAUUAAUAGCAUACUGUAAAACAAAGUAGCCCCCAAUCUUUUUCAAUUCUUCUCUUCUUGCUACCAAAAGAAAGAAAUAUUAUGCAUAUUCCUUUGGAAAUUAGAAUGCAUACUAGUUAAUUUCUUCUUUCUAGAACAGAACUUUUAGCUUGUUUGAACUUGUAACACCACACGAGCAAUGUGCAAUAUCGUCUGAUUCUUAUGAUUUACCAAAAAGCAA